CGCUGUACAAUCUCAAUUUCUCAAAGCAAUUUCGGAGUCGGGGAGUAACAUAAAGAGUUCUUAACAAGCUCAAUCCUACGUUACGUUGACCAAUAAGAGUAGAAGCCGUUACAUAAAUAAUUGUCUGAUAAGAAGAUAUUUGGAUGGAGGAAAGGGUUAGAGAAUUGCAGUCGCAGUGUGAUUACAGAGGGAGAAGAAGCAGCAUGAGGUACCCAUUCGAAGCAGUGGAGAAGCAUGAGUUACUUUCAAAGCAUACACAUGCUUAUCCUACGUCUGCACCCGUGCCGCUGGAACCAUGGGACCGCCAGGCUAUUCUCGAUUACAGAAACAGAGUCAAUGCUAAUUCAAAUGCCCAAGCCCACGCUCGCAGAUGUGAUGAGCAGUACCCUCGCAUGAGAGAAGGAGCACCAGCGGCUGGGUUGUUGGAGGAAGCAGAUCGCUUAAGGUGGCCCAGGCUGAGAGAUGUUUCGUCCUCUCCUUCAAGAAUUCGCAGAAAUCAAGACUAUAGAGAUUGGCGCUUCAGAGAGCAGGAGCCGAUGUUUUAUCACCAUCAGGUAUGUGCACCCUCAAACCCUAACCAUGCGCUGGAUCAAGGAAGACUAUUUCGAUUAGGUGUGGAGAAAAGAGCUAGACUAGAAGUCAAUAAUGACGAGGAGUUUCAGAUGCGCAGGAGGCCCAAAUUUCUACAGCAUGACCAUUUGCGCUUUCCUCCCACCACAGCUCCGCCUCCACCUUCACCGCCGCCUCCGCCCCCACCUCCGCCUCCACCGCUUCCUCCUUCCCUCGCUCUCCCUCCUCCUUUCCCUCUCUCUAUUCCUCCCCGAGAUGUAUAUUUGCCGUCUCCCAGGGCUAAAUGGCAGCAUGAUUUAUUUGAACACGCCCACAACGUGACGGGCAAGGGGAAGAGGGAUAGGGAUGCUGUUUCCUUUGGUCCUUCCAUUGUAGUAGGAAGAGGUUUUGACGGUUAUAUUGCAGUGGAAGAUGACUUGUCCAAAGGGGUGGAGGUGGAUGAGGAGGUGGAUAUGGAAGACAGCAGGCGCAACCUUACAUCUCUUUUGUCCGACUUGAAAGAUAAAGUAUUAGCUUCUACGCCUGGUUCAAGGGGUCCGGAGCUUUCGGAAACAAGGAAAGGAAAGCUUCAUAUCAGAGGGAGAGAUCAAAAUGUGAAUGUGGGUAAUAUGCAUUCGAAGAAAUUGAAAAACAAAAUUCCAUCAUCCACUCAGUCAAGUCAGAAAAAAGUUAAGACAAAGAAGAAUCCAGCUCAAUCUUUGUCUGCUUCUGCAUUUGUUCAAAAAGGAAAAAUGUCCCACAAUGGAUCCUUCUCUCAUUUACUAGAGCCAGCCCCACACGGUGAGCAGUCGUCUGAAACUAAAUGUGAGAGGAGCACAGCAGAUCUUUCUGUUGUUUUCAGACGCAGUGGCAUGGUUGCACAGGAGGUUGUCAGUUCCCUAGACAAUAAUUGGCGUGACUACACGGGAACAAAGUCUUUUGCUUCAAAAGGAUUGAUUCCACAGGAAGACCUUGAAGAGGAAGAAGGCGAGAUCAAAAGUGCAGAGAGUUAUGAUGCUUUGUAUGAAGAGAAGAGGUUGAAGGACCAUCAGAAUGUGGAUUCUCAAUUAAAAACCAAGUCUAUGAAUCUGCCUUCAGAAACUAUUUCAUCUGAAAAAGAUUUGAUCAUACAAGGAGAUUCAACUGAGCCACCUUGUUAUUUAGGGGGAGUAGACAUUGGGACUACAUCGGCAGUACAGUCUCAGGAAAGAUUUGUUCCUGAAUGCAACUAUUUUUCAUUGGACGGCAGGGGAAGUGAUAGUCCAGCUACUCUAAUAGCUAAUCCUUCUGAUUGUGGACAACCCACUGCGGAAUCUAUAUCGACUUGCAUGACACACUUAAAGCAACACAAUAGCUUGUCUAUUAAUGCUCCCUCCGAGCCCAAACUAACUUCAAGAGUCAUGCAGGAGGGUAGCUACCAAGAUAUAUCUUUGACAUCAUUAGCAUGCAAAGCUAUUGACAAAUUGGAUGAUAAGGAAAGACUGCAGAAGAAGUUGAAAUUUGAGCAAACUGAAAAACCGGCCUUAAAUGAUAACGUAAGAUUAGAAGAGCCUCUUUUGACAUCUUCUGUUUUGCAAGCUCACACUGACGUAAUGGAAUCACAAGGACCUGUAACUAGGGAUCAAGUGUUGGCAAAUAUAACGCUGAGAUCAAAUUUAUCUUAUCAAUCAUCAGGGGUGUAUCAAAUUCAAAGCUCACAACUGGAAAAGAAAUCCUCUCAAAGUACUAUAUCAUUACCUACUUUGCCUCAAAGCAGGCUUUCUAUUUCUAGCCCACCGACUAAAGCCAAAGUGGUGGCAAGUUCAGUUCUUGCUGGAAGGUCUCGAACCUGGCAUCGGACUGAUAAUGUACCGAGUUCUUCUUUAUUGGUUAGACCUCAUGUUAUUCAUAAUGAUACUACUUCAGUAGUGCAGGAUGUGGCUAAGAUGGAGAAAUCCCAAUCUGCUGCUUAUGUUCGCAAGGGAAAUAGUCUUGUGAGGGCCCCUUGUCCUCCCAUGGGUUUGUCUUGUACAAAAUCAAGUUUUGCUGGUUCAUUGAAUACCGGCAAGAGAUCAACACUAAAAUCUUCUCCUUUGAAAGGUAUGUCAGCAACAGGAGAUAUAAGCAAUGUUGUACCUGGUUUGGGCAGUAGUAUUGGGUCCAGUGGGUUGCCUUCUACAACAGCAUUUAGGGUUUCCACCCCUGCUUUCGAGAGACCUACUACUCCACCCGUAGUGCCAGCUGCCAAAUCACCAGUCUGCAUUUCUGUUUCUCCCGAGUCUUUAGUUCCUGCAUCGAUAUCAGGCACUCCAACUGAAGUACAUGUGGUGACCACUGGUGCACAAGGCGAAGAUUGUAAGACUAAUAGUAAAAGUGAUCUAAGUGCGACCAACAAUUUAUUUGAAAGCCUAAUGGGCGAUCCAUCACUGUUUAAAAGAAAUCAGAAUGAAGAUCACAUUGAGAAUGCCCUAGCAGCUCAAAUGAUGCCUGUGAAUUGGAAGUCAAACCAGUUGAUUGCAGAUUCAACGUAUAAAAAACAGGGUUCAGUAGCAUCUAUUGGUGGAGGUGUCCAUUUGCCACCAAAUUGCCUGGUGCAGGAUCGAUACUAUAAGAGAAAGAAGAAUCAGCUUGUUAGAAGCAAUUUGCCAAUGGACAGAAAAAUAAUUAAGUCACUAGAGGCUCCUAAUGUAAGUUCUUUGGAUACAGAGUUGGAGGUUCCAACACUGAAAGAUCAACGGCGAAUGACAUUCAUUCAAACAAAGCUUGGCAGAGUUUUGAAGCAGAAGAAACAUUGGACUUCACAGUCGUCAUGGGUAUGGACGCUUGAUGAAGCAGAGACAUCUAAUACACCUCUUUUGCAGUCAAGAAGGGUGGCACCUUUGCUUUGUCCUUGGAAAAGACCAACUUAUGGAAAGUCAGGUCUUGUGGGAAAACUCAAAGCUGUACCAAGUAUCAGUAAAGGUUCCUCUCUUUCUCUAAUAAGGAAGAAGUUGAAGCGUCUCCAGAAGAGGGAUACUGUUUACACGAAAUCACUUAAUGGUUUCUCAUUACAUAGAUCAGGUGUUUUGAGUCUUGGAGGAUCUAAUCUGAAAUGGACAAAGUCUAUUGAGAAACGCUCAAAACAGGCUAGUGAGGAAAUAACAAUGGCAGUGGCAGCCACAGAGAAGAAGAAAAGGGAGGCAAAGGCUGUUGGUGAUGUUAUUACUUCUGCUUCCCAGGAAAAUGCAGUUAGACGGUCUUUUAAGCCAUCUCAAGGAAUCAAAUUACGUGCCCGCAAGUCAAAACAAGCAACAGAGCGUAUCCUCCAAGUUGGUUUGUUUGGGUAUAAGAUGGAUCCAUCUAAGCGCACGCUUCAGAUGAUACCUGCUGAAAAGUCAUCAUCUAGUUUCAAUACAUCAAUGGCAAGACAAACAAUGGAUACAUCAAAACUUUUUGCUCUGAAGGGUGUAACUAUUGGUGAUGACGAAUAUUUGAGGGUAGGGAAUGGAAAUAAACUAGUUAGGGAUCCAAAGAAAGUAUGCCGUGUUCUGGCCAGUGAGAAAGUUAGAUGGAGUUUGCACACUGCAAGGCGUCGUUUGGCUAAAAAACAACAGUACUGCCAAUUUUUUACACGCUUUGGUAAAUGCAAUAAGGAUGAUGGAAAAUGCCCUUAUAUUCAUGAUCGGGAAAAGAUAGCUGUAUGCACAAAAUUCCUCAAGGGCAACUGCUCUAAUGGAAGCUGCGAUUUGACUCAUAAGAUCAUUCCAGAGCGCAUGGAAGAUUGCUCAUUUUUUCUGCAAGGUUUUUGUACCAAUGAGAAUUGCCCUUACAGACAUGUAAAUGUCAAUCCUAAGGCACCUGUUUGUGAUGGAUUUCUGAAGGGUUACUGUGCUGAAGGAGAUAAGUGCAAUAAAAAGCACACACAUGUAUGCCCUCAGUAUGCUGCAACAGGAGAGUGUCCAGAAAGGUUAUCUUGCAAGCUCCAUCACCCAAAGAAGAAAGAUAAGCCCAAAGGUUCAAGCAAGCGCAAGAGUGGUAAUAUUGCCAAAAGACGCUACUUUGUAGCAGAUGAUAUGGGUAUAAGUGAAUUGGCAUCUAAGUUGUUCAGGUUGCUUUCUGAAGAGCAAAUAGCACUCGAUACUCCACCAAGGACACCUGAGUGUGUUGAAUUUAUCAGUUUAGAUGCAUCAGAGGAAGGUGUUGAUGAUAUUAACUUAGCCAAUGGUGCUAUGUCUUCCAUGACAAGAUCAGAAACUGAUUUAUUUAGCAAUGGUGGAUUACCUGUUGAUGACAUUGAUAUGAUGAUUAAACCAGUUCGUUUGCUGCGGAAAGAGCAAGCAGUCAAUAUAUCUAUGGGCCAAGGAAGUUAAGCGUUAUGUAAGCAAAUAAUGAAUUGCAGCUGAUUUUCUCCAGGAUGGUUGAACUUCCUAUGCAAGUGAUUGCUUUUGUUGUAGUGGAUUUUCUUAAAAGUCCAAAUUAAGUCAGCUUUGAUGCAGUGUCCUGACAGGAGUUAUGUAAUUUAUUGAUUUUUCUAGGAGAAAUUUUGGAACGCUUUCUCCCAAGUUUAAAAGCAUUUUUUCUUCAAAUUCUGUCUUGAAUGCUUUCAGCUAUUCAACAGGAUUUUGAACUGAAUAACUAGAUGGGCUGACAAUCUACUGAAAAGAUAAUUUCAGAAGUUAGCCUUGCUCGAAAUUAGGACUUCUCUGUUACUCAAAUCCAUGUGACUUAAAUGGGAAAGAACACGGGCUUUGGUACGAAGAGAAUGCAUUUUAAAUACCUUAUGCAAAGGUUUAGACCACCUGUUGGAGCAGCAUUCUACUGAUCAAAUGUUGAAAUGCCUGAAAUUUUUUCUUGCAGAUGCAUGUCAAGGUUCUUUAGUUGUUAAUGUAUGUUUAGCAUUAUGCAUAUCACUGAGGAAAUAGAGAAACAUUUUUUUAGGUUCA